AUGGAGUCUCCAAAUAAUCACCAUUCGGCGAGGAAUUCAGGCCAGCGCGCCCGGCGACCUCGGGCAGCUCGUGCCUGCGAUUACUGUAGACAGAAAAAGUACAAAUGCGAUGAGUCUUACCCCUGCUCUUACUGCAAAGGUCGAGGUGUCGAAUGUGUCUACAAGGGCCAGGAUAUGUCUAGGCUUCGAGUCACACCAGACUACGUGAGGAAACUUGAAGCUCAGGUGAAGGAUCUCUCUUCCCGCAUCGAGGCCUAUGAAAUAGCGUCAGCCGAAUCAAUUGGGGGCAAACCGACAGGGGCAACUCCCGGGAGGUCUAUUCUGGACCACAACCCUACGCAGCAUUCCAGGACCAACCACGAUGAUUCCGCAAUGCGAAGCAGCACAUCGCCCUGGGAGAAUGGCCAACAAGAGGUAUCUGGUGUUAACUCCCACACUCGAGAUGUUGAGUUCUACGGCAGCUCAUCUUCUGUGGCUCUUCUUUCGCACAUUCAACGCACCGGGGAUGAGCCUGAAGCUGACGUGAGCUCUCUUCUUUCCACCCUGCACAACACUGCUUUUAGCCCAGCCGAGUCGCAAAGAGCCCGUGAAAGCCGCAGAGCGAUCGAUUACCCGGAUAGUUCAAACUGGUACCCACAGUGUCGCGGGUUUUUGGAAGCCUUCUUCACCACUAUCCACUAUGUUCAUCCCAUUCUCGACAAGCAUACCUUUUUACAGCGGUGCGAGUCGUUGUGGUCCGGAAGCGAAGCCGCUGGCCCAGAGCUUUCAAGUUUCACAGCUCUAUACUUCAGUGUUCUCUCUUUGGGUGCGCUUGUGGGUACGAGAGAUGAUGAACCCAUCGAUGGCGUCGAUAAUAUGCAAUGGAGCCGCAAAUUCUUUGAGAAAGCCAAAACCCGCUGCAACCAAAUUGGAAUGGUAACAGACCUUGAGAUGGCCCAAUGUUACUUCAUACUUGCCAAGGUGUGCCAAAAUGAGCUACACCCUCACUUGUCGUAUAUGUAUGUCGGUCUUGCAAUACGGACUGCCCUAGCCAUGGGCAUUAAUCGAGAGCCUGCCACCAAUACGAAGAAAUCCGCAGAACUGCGAAAGGCGGAAUCAAGAACAUGGUGUGAAAUAUCCUUCGCCAUGGGUAGACCAGACACUCUUGGGGCGGAUAUGUAUCAUAACCGGCGAUUCCCAGUAACAGAAAACAGCGAGGUCGUCGGUCAUGGUGGCUGUUGCGAGAUGCUGGAACAUCCGUCUUGUUCUAUCAUAAAGUGCAUGGUAGAUCUAUCGGGAAUCACUAAAAGUAUCUGCCAAAGCAUUUACCUCUCAGAUAUGACAGUUCCAAGGACUGUUCAUCUGGCGUAUCAAAUUGAGAAGGAUCUCGAGCGGUGGGUCGAAACGCUCCCCGAAGCUAUACGUCCAACAGAACUAUCUGGCAGCCUUCCUUCCUUGAGAAGAGCCAGGGAUCAGCAAUGGAUGAAGAGACAAAGAUUGGUGUUAACACUAAGGUAUCACAACUUGAGGAUACUCCUUUUCGGGUCUUUCCUUCUGAGGUUGACACCUCAAGAUCGAGCAUCAAUUUCCGGAUCUCAAGGAGGGGUCCAAAGAUGCCUGGGCUCGGCCAAACAAACCAUUGAUCUCAUUUAUCAGACGUAUCAACAUAGUGACUUCUUCAGGACAUGGUUCUAUAAUGUCACGUACACCGUCUUUGCCGCAAGCAUCAUUCUUAUCUACCUUGCACAAGAAGCGAUUCCGACAGAGACCCAACCGCUCUUACGCCUGAUUGACAUGGCUGUAGAGAUUUUGUUGAUCAUGGACGAAUGUGCUUUUGCCCUUGAGGCAGCGAAACUGCUACGUCGGGCCAAGGAAAAGGCUGAAACAAGAGCGAUGGCAACGGACGCAGAAACUAUGGAGCCGUUAUUCUCGGGGGCAGACGGAACGGUACAUCUGAAUCAUUAUUGGGGUCCGCUCAAUCUCUAUGGGGAUAUUGACCCAAACCUUGCAUUUUCGUUUCUUGGCUUUGAUGAAGCGAAUCCAUUGCUAGGGGCGUCUAGCAACGGCAGACUUGAUUGA